UGUCGACUUUAUCAUAACUGCACAUAUCUCCAGUUGUCCUGUUUUCUUACCGUUCACAACAUCUUUUAAUCCUCAUUUUACCACCAUAAAUGUCUUCAGACAACCAGGGAAUACGGCCAGUUCCCAUUGACGCUUCUCCAGCUGCGCAAGCAAACGGAGUUACACCCGUCAACGGGCACACACCCAAUGGCGCCCAGCAGUUCGGAAGCUCAGAGCGGAUACAAGUAAUUAACGACGAGAAGAAUUUCACACCUGACCUGGCCAGCCAAAUCGACAGAUGGGGCUUGCGUGACGUGGGAUUCAGCUAUAACAUAGUUGCCGUCUUUGGUUCACAGUCAACGGGAAAAAGUACGUUGCUCAACCGAUUGUUUGGAACAACUUUCGAUGUCAUGGACGAGUCACAGCGACGGCAGACUACCAAAGGUAUCUGGAUGUGCCGAGGAAAGGGCAUGGGUGUUAUGGUCAUGGACGUGGAAGGUACCGACGGGCGGGAGCGGGGAGAAGACCAGGAUUUUGAGCGGAAGUCAGCCUUGUUCUCAUUAGCCUCCUCAGAAAUUCUCAUCAUCAAUCUUUGGGAACAUCAAGUCGGGCUGUACCAGGGGGCUAACAUGGGGCUGCUAAAGACAGUCUUUGAAGUUAAUUUAGGCUUGUUUGGCAAAAAGGCCCAAGAUGGUACGAGUGGCCGGACUCUCCUUCUUUUCGUCAUUCGAGAUCACAUUGGUGUGACACCUCUUGCUAAUCUCCAGGCCACGCUGACUGCGGACCUUAACAAAAUCUGGGAGAGCCUCUCCAAGCCCGCCGAACUACAAGACAGACUACUGUCAGAUUACUUCGACCUUUCAUUUACGGCACUUCCUCAUAAAGUUCUUGCGGCUGACAAAUUCGAGUCCGAGGUGCAGCAACUGCGAAAAAGGUUUGUGGAGAAGGGGAGGGAAGACUAUCUCUUUAAGUCUGCAUACCACAAGAGGAUCCCUGCUGAUGGUGUUGCUUUCUACAUGGAGGGCAUCUGGGAACAAGUCCAGACAAAUAAAGAUCUCGACUUGCCUACUCAGCAGGAACUGCUGGCGCAAUUCCGUUGUGAUGAGAUAUCUACGCUAGCGCUCGCUGAAUUCAACGAACAGAGCAAGCCACAGAGAAGACCAGUUGAAGCAGGCCGAGUUGUGGAAGGACUCGGUUCAAUGAUGAGAAACUGGAAAACUCAAGCACUCACUCGCUAUGACCGCGACGCAUCUCGUUAUCACCAAGGCGUCUACAAACGUAAACGUGUUGACCUUCUCUCUGUUAUCGACUCCACUCUUUCUCCUCUCUUCCUCGGUCAGCUCAAGAAUUUGCACAAGUCAUGUCUCGUUGCAUUCAAGAAAGAGAUGUUGGAGGGCAUGCGUGGUGAAGGAUAUAACUUUGCAGUCGUGGUUAACAAGGCAAGAGAAAAGUGCGAAACGCGGUUCACAGAAGGUGCGAAGGAGGCCUUAUUGGAAGAUACAGAUUGGACUUGGGAAGACGAGGUGGAACUACUAAGGGAGGAAGUGGGCAUUGUAGCUGACCAAUGCAGGAAAGAUGAGACGAAGAAAAUGGUCAAUCUGAUCGAGAGAACGUGCAAAAGACAGAUUUCGGAGCCUGUCGAUAUUCAUCUUAACAAAGCUGCACCAGAUAUGUGGGACGGGGUCCUUAUCGUUUUCAAGACAACGCUUGAAAAAGCCGAGGCUACUUACCUUACGAAAGCAAAGAGCUUCAACUGCACGGAGGAGGAAAACACCACUGCGCUCGCAACUUUGAGGAAACGCGCUUGGCUUGUGCUGCGUGCCAAGAUAGACGAGCAAGUUGCUGACCCUGUCAUCCUUGGCAAGCUCAGAGGGCACUUUGAGGACCGGUUCCGAUAUGACGAUAGCGGCGUCCCAAGGGUCUGGAAACCUGAAGAUGAUAUUGACAGCGCUUUCAAAAAGGCGAAGGAUCAGACUUUGGAACUAAUUCCUCGGUACUCCAAGAUCGCCCCUGUUGACCCUUCGAAUGAGUAUACCCUUCCUUCCGAGCCUUCAGAUUCGCUCUCGUCGACGGAGGAAUUCGAUUUUCCCGCGACUCUUACGGUCUUCACUGAGACGAAAUCGUUGGAUCUGUCGGCGCGCUUCCGGAAAGAUGCAGAUGCGUAUUAUGUCGAGGCAAAGAGAAGUACAGUGUCGAGUGUUGCGCAGAUACCUUAUUGGAUGUAUGGCGUUCUUGUGAUCCUGGGAUGGAACGAAGCGAUGGUGGUUUUGUUCAAUCCGCUCUACUUUGCAUUCUUGUUGUGUGCGUUGGGUUCAGCGUAUGCGAUUGUACAGUUAGGUCUAGUAGGGCCCUUGAUACAGGUCUCCAGAACGGUGGCAGGCGAGGUACAACGUCAAGCCUCAGAUCGUCUCCGCGAACACUUUUCGCAGCCGGUACUGGCGCAACCUAUUCGCUCGCGUUCGGUCGAUGUUGACAGUAAUGAUGGGGAAGACGAGCUAAGGAGACGUGGGGGAAGUCCUAUGUGAUACUAUUUAGAGCAGAAGUAGACAGACUGAUUUUGUGAUUACGUUCUUUUUUAUUCAUGGCUGAGUAUAUCACAGUAAUUAGGAGCUUGCCUCCCCCCAAUUUCGCC